CUUAUUUGAAACCUCUUUCAUCAACAUUCACAACUACGAGCAAAGAUGGCAGACUUUAUCCAGGCACUUGACCCAGCGAAACUACUACUCGCAGAGACAGCGCUGGCCUUCAUAAUCAGUCCUUUUACUGUCCCAGCAUACAACUUGCCCAUCUUCCUCUUCGGUUCGUAUGUACAGGAGAGCAGCGACGCGGCACAGUCGCUGACUUUGUUUGCGGGCUUGUUGUCGUUUUCGAUAUUCUAUGACGUACUGUGGAUGAUCAAGAAUGAGCAAGGUGGCUUCCUUAGGUUCCUUACUGUCGUCCUUUUACUGUUGAAGGUGAGCAAUUGAAAUACUAUUGUCGACGUUUAAAUUGACUCUCAUCGAGAUACCAACCACUGGUGCUUUU